AUGGCUCCCACCAUCCAGACCCAGGCACAGCGGGAAGAUGGCCACAGGCCCAAUUCCCACCGGACUCUGCCUGAGAGAUCUGGAGUGGUCUGCCGAGUCAAGUACUGCAAUAGCCUCCCUGACAUCCCCUUCGACCCCAAGUUUAUUACCUACCCUUUCGACCAGAACAGGUUCGUUCAGUACAAAGCAACUUCCUUGGAAAAACAGCACAAACAUGACCUCCUGACUGAGCCAGACCUGGGGGUCACCAUCGAUCUCAUCAACCCUGACACCUACCGCAUUGACCCCAAUGUACUCUUAGAUCCAGCUGAUGAGAAGCUUCUGGAAGAGGAGAUUCAGGCCCCCACUAGCUCCAAGAGGUCUCAGCAGCAUGCAAAGGUGGUGCCAUGGAUGCGGAAGACAGAGUAUAUCUCCACCGAGUUCAACCGUUAUGGCGUCUCCAACGAGAAGCCUGAGGUCAAGAUUGGGGUUUCUGUAAAACAGCAGUUCACUGAGGAAGAAAUUUACAAAGAUAGGGAUAGCCAGAUAACAGCCAUUGAGAAGACUUUUGAGGAUGCCCAGAAGUCGAUCUCCCAGCAUUACAGCAAGCCCCGAGUGACACCGGUGGAGGUCAUGCCCGUCUUCCCAGACUUUAAGAUGUGGAUUAAUCCAUGCGCUCAGGUAAUCUUUGACUCUGACCCAGCCCCCAAGGACACGAGUGGUGCAGCUGCAUUGGAGAUGAUGUCUCAAGCCAUGAUCAGGGGCAUGAUGGAUGAGGAAGGGAACCAGUUUGUGGCCUACUUCCUGCCUGUGGAAGAGACAUUGAAGAAACGAAAGCGGGACCAGGAGGAGGAGAUGGAUUAUGCACCGGAUGAUGUAUAUGACUACAAGAUUGCUCGGGAAUAUAACUGGAAUGUGAAGAACAAAGCUAGCAAGGGUUAUGAGGAAAACUACUUCUUCAUCUUCCGAGAGGGUGAUGGAGUGUACUACAAUGAGUUGGAGACCAGGGUCCGCCUCAGCAAGCGCAGGGCCAAGGCUGGGGUUCAGUCGGGUACCAAUGCCCUGCUUGUGGUCAAACACCGGGACAUGAAUGAGAAGGAAUUAGAAGCCCAGGAGGCACGGAAGGCCCAGCUGGAGAACCAUGAACCUGAGGAAGAGGAGGAAGAGGAAAUGGAGACGGAAGAGAAAGAAGCUGGGGGCUCAGAUGAGGAGCAAGAGAAGGACAGCAGCAGUGAGAAAGAAGGCAGUGAGGAUGAACGCUCAGGCAGUGAGAGUGAGCGGGAAGAGGGUGACAGGGAUGAAGCAAGUGACAAGAGUGGUAGCGGCGAGGAGAGCAGUGAGGAUGAGGCCCGAGCGGCCCGGGACCAAGAGGAGAUCUUCGGCAGUGAUGCGGAUUCAGAGGACGCAGACUCUGAUGAUGAGGACGGAGGACGGGCCCGUGGCAGCGACAAUGAUUCAGAGAGUGGCAGCGAUGGAGGUGACCAGCGGAGCCCCAGUCCCAGCCGCAGCCGCAGCCCCAGCGGCAGCGCCAGUCCCUUCCCCAGUGGCAGCGAGCACUCAGCCCAGGAGGAUGGCAGUGAAGCCCCAGCUUCUGAUUCCAGCGAAGCAGACAGUGACAGUGACUGA